AUGGCACCAACUUCUUUCCCUCUCUUUCCAAAGCUCCCCACCGAACUUCGCUUGAUGAUCUGGGAGCACGCCCUUCCUGCUCCCAUCGAGGAACAACCUCUUUACUUUUAUAAUCAGACGCGCUGGACUUGUGGUGUCUGCGAGCACGACAUCAUCACCGACGAAAAACGAUAUGUUAAUUUCCAGCACGGCCAAGUGGCCCCUCUCCAGAUCAAUAUUCCGCUCUACUUCGUCAAUCGUGAGGCUCACAAAAUCGCUUUAUCAUGGGGAGUCCAGCAAGGCCUCGAUCUUUGGCCAUGCCAGAGUCAAGAACGGACUACCACUUUCGCCCGCCUCUUCAACCCGGAAACAGACAUACUCUAUGUAGCAGCAAGAUACUGGAGUGAGUUCUGGUACGAGGAUUUGAAGACAAUUCGGAGGUUACCUCAGCUGCUCCACAAGCCCGUCAUACAUCCACCCUUGAAGUAUCUUGCAUUGUCCGCAAAGAUACUUCGGGAGAGACCGCAGCAUUUUGGGUAUAUGCUUGCACGGUAUCGGAAUCUGCAGAAGGUGUUUAUAGUC